AUAUGGUAAAAAGUUCUUUUCGCACGUAGAUAAGAAAGGCAUGCGUUUCUAGCGUACCGAUCGGCCACCUUUGUUUUUUUUAACCUCCUUGGACUCAUCGUUAUCACCGCGUAAGUAAAUUGGCACUGAACCGAUAACGACCGAUAACAACAUCGUGCUAUCGAUCCGGAGAUUCCGGACGGAUUACGCUCGUCCGGCUCCGUCAUUGCAUCGCCGUCACGACGUGACAGCCUUCACGCCACUCUAGAUUUUCAUGCAGGAUACGACCAGUGUGCCCGUUAUUCAACGUUCCCGUACACACGAGUCGAUCUCAACGCACGUAAAUACACGGCGCGCGAAACGACAUCGUUUUCACGCCGACGAACGGGCGGCUGCUGCUGCGGACGACCCAGCGAGAUGGCUUGCGAGGCGUGUAACGCAAAGUUCAACCUGUUCAAAAGAAAAAAACAAUGCGCGGACUGCCUGAGGUAUUUCUGUUCCGAAUGUGUGAUCAAACGGCUGGACAAGGUGUUCACUUGCGACAGCUGCGGUCUACUGUCGAGGAGGCCACUCAUCAGGAAUCAAAUCAGGCAGAUGCGUUCCAGGGACCUGCGUCAGUAUCUCGUGGCGAAGAAGGUCUCCGUCAAGGGUUGCGUCGAAAAAGAAGAUCUGGUGCAUUUGCUAAUGCUCUUUGCUAACGGAACUGACCCAUACCAGAGUUACGAUCAUAGUACGAGCGCCAGGGCGCAGAAUGCUGCCGAAGAACCACAUUCCAGAAUCGAUCCUGCUCUAAAUAGACCGGAAAACAUACCAAAUGUUAGCACCGCGAAUAAUGAACCUCCCGGCGCGGACGCGCAGGCACCAGCGGAGCCCGCGACAAACCAGGACGUCGAGAUGGCGGAGGAAGCGAGUGAAAGUAGUCACAGUAGUCCGGUCAUCAGCGUUCCGCUUAGCAGCGACAGCGAGUCACCCGAGGAGCGACCAUCGAAGAGUAAUGAAAUCGUCGAGAUAGAAGAGGUGUUUGAGAAUGACAGCAAUCCAACCGGGCCUAGUACGGCAUCGGAGCCGGUGGUCACCGAGCAGGAGGAAGUUCCUGAGACGUCAAACGAGAAAAAAUCGGAUAUGGUCACAGAGAUUCCCACGUGGUCUGAUAAAGUGCAAUUGUCGGAUAUAAAGAAUGCGCCGGAACUAGAGUAUCUAAGCAUCAAACAAUUAAAAAAUCUGUUGAGUACAAAUCGUGUAGAUUAUAAAGGCUGUAUAGAGAGACGGGACUUGCUGAACAAAGUGACGAGAUUAUGGCAGGAGUAUAAUCAGUCUCGAAAAGAUGUGGAAAAACUCAGCGAGGAGGAAUUGUGCAAAAUCUGCUGGGAUGCGCCGAUCGAGUGUGUAAUUUUGGAAUGCGGCCAUAUGGCGUGUUGCAUAAACUGUGGCAAACAAAUGUCUGAGUGUCCGAUAUGCAAGCAAUACGUCGUCCGUGUUGUACGAUUCUUCAAAGCCUAACAAGGAACGAACGGAAUAUAAUUCGAAAACGGAAGCGACUGAUUAUAAAUUUGUAAAGAGACAGUUAAGUCCUUUAUCAUCCUGGAGAGAUGAUUGCCUUUAUCGCCUGCUAGUUUAUCAUAGAUCGAUUCCGUGCAUAAAGCUAAAUUGAUUUAUGAUGAAGAGUCACAUUGUAAAACGCCAAAUUUUUGCGGUAAUUUACUGUGCAUCGAUAAACAAUUGAAAAAACUAGUCUUGCAUAAGAUUUAGGCGAUUAUGCAACUGUCUUCAUUUUCAAGUAUAAGGUCGACUGGUCUUGUGGCAUAUUUUUUUGCCAUUUGAAAUACAGUUCAGAAUUCUUCCUACAGACAGAGGGAGUAUUUUGAAAUAAAUAUAUCAUAUAUA